AUGCAGCCCUGGCCAGAGAAGAAAGUCAGGCUCUUGCACAUGCCAUUGCCAACCUCGAAAAGAUACGGGGCAUCCCACACGACGGUGAUCUUGCCGUCGCCGCUGCUGGCGCUGAAAUUGCUGCACACGGUGGUGCCGCUGGCCUGCUCUGCCGGCACCGCGGUGGAGAAGGUGGUGGAUUCCUUCCUGGAGUUGCGCCCACUUAGCUCCACCACCCCACUGCUCGCCACCGCUCACUCGCUCAUCUGCACUCACUCGCUCAUCUGCACUCACUCGCUCAUCUGCACUCACUCGCUCAUCUGCACUCACUCGCUCAUCUGCACUCACUCUCUCAUCUGCACUCACUCGCUCAUCUGCACUCACUCACUCAUCUGCACUCACUCACUCAUCUGCACUCACUCGCUCAUCUGCACUCACUCGCUCAUCUGCACUCACUCGCUCAUCUACACUCACUCGCUCAUCUGCACUCACUCGCUCAUCUGCACUCACUCGCUCAUCUGCACUCACUCGCUCAUCUGCACUCACUCGCUCAUCUGCACUCACUUGCUCAUCUGCACUCACUUGCUCAUCUGCACUCACUCACUCAUCUGCACUCACUCACUCAUCUGCACUCACUCGCUCAUCUGCACUCACUCGCUCAUCUGCACUCACUCGCUCAUCUGCACUCACUCGCUCAUCUGCACUCACUCGCUCAUUUGCACUCACUCGCUCAUCUGCACUCACUCGCUCAUCUGCACUCACUCGCUCAUCUGCACUCACUCGCUCAUUUGCACUCACUCGCUCAUCUGCACUCACUCGCUCAUCUGCACUCACUCGCUCAUCUGCACUCACUCGCUCAUCUGCACUCACUCGCUCAUUUGCACUCACUCGCUCAUCUGCACUCACUCACUCAUCUGCACUCACUCGCUCAUCUGCACUCACUCGCUCAUUUGCACUCACUCGCUCAUCUGCACUCACUCUCCCAUCUGA